GGCUGAUUAGAUCGACUGAACCAUUACAUGUCUGCUCUAGUUGUCUAUAAUCCAGUCUGUGGUGAUAGCACCGCACACACAUUCUUCCAAGAACAUGUAUUACCUCUUCUCCACGAGCAUAGCAUCGCAACUCCUCACAUAAUACUUACUGAACGUCCCGGUCAUGCAGGCACUGCUGUCGUCGACUAUCUAACCUCCAGGGCUGAUCCUCAGGCUGAGCUAACUAUCAUUCUUGGCUCCGGUGAUGGAACAUUACACGAAAUAAUCAACGCCAUUUCCGUUUCCCCUACGAAAGGUUACUUCAUCAGCUUCGUUCUUAUUCCUUGUGGCACAGCCAAUGCCCUCUACUCGUCUUUCUUUUCCCCGGUACAAGGCGAUACCACUCCUGCUUACCGAUUACAGUCCUUGCACAAAUACCUUGGAAAAUUCCCCUCUACCCCUCUCACUUUAGCUCGCACGACUUUAGUGUCACCCGAGAGUGAUGAUCACCCCACAAUCGCCGUUUCCGCCGUCGUAGCCUCUACCGCUCUACAUGCAUCUAUCUUACUUGACUCAGAGAGUUUAAGAC